AUGACACAGGGACGCGUGGGGAAAGUAAUGGCAAGAUCCCACAACAACAACAUCCCACAACAGAAGGAUCCCAUUAACGAAAUGAUCGCACAACAAGAGGAUCAAAUAAACAUAAGGAUCCCACAACAAGAUCCCACAACAAGAGAAUCCCAUAAACAAAAGGAUCCCAGAACAAGAGAAUCCCACAACAAGAGAAUCCCACAACAAGAGAAUCCCACAACAGGAGAAUCCCACAACAUGAGAAUCCCACAACAACAACAUCCCACACCAACAACACCCACAACAAAAUCCCACCAACAACAUCCACAACAAACAACAUCCCACAACAAACAACAUCCCACAACAACAAGGGAAUCCCACAACAACAACAUCUCACAACAACAACAUCCCACAACAAAAGAAUCCCACAACUCUGGCAAGCCUUCCGCCAGCCGCUUCAGCCGAAAGCCGGAACAAGGGCCUCUAAGGUGUUUCAGAAGCCUCGGCUUUGCGUGA